AUAUUCUUCCUCACUGCACCGAGGAGUGAACAGAAACACUUGUUGAAAAAAAAAGAGACGUGGAAAGGAGAGGGUUUAAAAAAAAAUUAUGCUCAACUCAAAUUACACCUUACGGCAGGAUUGCUAAGGAGUCAUUGGUCGGAGACGGGAGAAGAGACUUGACGGGGAAGUUCCACUGGGGGGUCCCACAAUGGGGAAAAAAAAUAUUUAGUUUCCAAAAGGUCUUAAGAGUCGCUGCUUCUGAACAGCGGGUUGGAUUAAAGAUGCUGGGUCUGAGUGUGUUCUAUGCCAGCCUCCUGUGCUCGCUCACACAGGGGUUUUUCACUGGACCCCUUCACCCAGAGAUGUCUAAUGGCACUUUUCAUCACUACUUCGUACCGGACGGGGACUACGAGGAGAACGAUGACCCCGAAAAAUGUCAGAUGCUUUUUCAAGUUUCCGACGACCGGCGUUGCGGCGUGAGAGUCGAUCUGGAGACAACGCUGAGGGAGGAGAUGGUCACCAUCAAGAGGCAAGUGGAGGACGCGGCCAGGGUCUUGGAAGGAGUUGGAAAAACUAUCGCCUACGAUCUGGACGGGGAGGACAGUUACGGGAACUACCUGCGCAGGGAAGCGAGUCAGAUCGGAGAAGCUUUCUCUCACUCGGAUCGCUCUCUGGUCGAGCUGGAGAUGAAAUUCAGGCAGAGCCAAGAAAACGAGGUGAGGGAAGUGAACAAGAUUAACGAUGAGGUGGUGCACAUGCUGUAUCACACCAGACAGAUUCUGAGGGAGACAGUAGACAUCUCGUCUGGGUUAAAAGAUAAACACGAACUCCUCACCCUAAUCGUCAGAAGUCAUGGGACAAGGCUGAGCAGACUGAAGAAUGAUUUCAGGAGAGGCUAAGAUCUGACUGAACCACAAUGGACGGACUUCGAUCCCCACCUUCUCCCGUCCUUUAGUCAUAGCAUUUCAUUACUCCUGCAGAGUAUUUAUCAACAUCCAUUGACGUAAUGUGAGAUUUGACGGGCAACAUGUGUACAUGACCUCCCCCCCCCCCAACUUUAUAUUGAGUAUAAACUAAUAUUGCAUAUCAAAUCAGUAUUGUGGCCCGCCUUCCUAUCUAAAGCCAGGAGGUUGUCAAAUUGUCUCCUUGUUACCCUGUAGAUUUUGUCAUUUGUCAAACGUUCAUUUUUGUACAUGUUUUGAGCUCUUUAAAUAUAUACUGAUUUCUUUCACCGAAAA